AAAAAAAAGGAAAAAAAAAAAGCGAUAACGUCCAACCAACCGGCACUGCGCAGCUGCUCCCGUGUCCUGCAUUUUUCCCUUCUGCUUCUGCUUCUGCUUCGGUUUUGUUUUCAUUCGUUGUGUGUGUGUUUUAUUUUGUAUUCUUUGGACGCCGUUUGUCUUCCUUUGCUGAGUAUGUGUAUCAUUUCUGCUAUUCUGGUGAACAUGGUGGGAAUUUUCACUCCUUGUCUUCCUCUGAGCAACUUUUCUGUGUCUGUAAGACCUGUUUCUCCUGCUGUCUGACAGUUCGAGCUGGCUGUAAGUUUGAGCCGACAAAUAUUUUGCCACCUCGGAAUACGCGAAUGCGUUUUAUCCCUUGGGCUGCGACCCAAUGCAAUAAAAUGACACUCUUUCCUUUUUUCUGAGCUCUCAAGAAGACUAAAGUGAUAGUGUUGUGGUCCAGCUCUCCAUAGUGAACUGGAUGAUGGCAGGGCCUCCCUCCCAGCGCCUGCUGCCCCCUUCUGGACCCAAAACACACUUCAGGAGCUUAGACCAUGCAGGAGGAGACUCACUGAACACUGGACCGGUCAACACCGGCUCUGAGCUCAAAUCGCCCCCACAGACCCCACUCAAAGGUGAUCAGAGCUUUAAAGACUGCUGUGAAAUGAAGGAUAAGGACAGGUUGGACAUGGAUGAAGAUUCCCUGGGACGUUGUUCCAUCCGUGACAGGAACAGCAAUGGGCAAGUUGCAGAUGGCAACGGUUUAGGGACAGGGGCAGGCACCUUCCAGAGCCUGUGGGAGCGGACAGUGGCGUCUGAUCCCGGUUUGUUUCAGCUGCACUACAUGGAUCUAGGCGAGUUCCUGACGGAGAACGGCAUGGCCAUGCACGGAGCUCAGAUCCCCUCUCAGAGCUCGCAGUGUCCCUCCACAUCCCCUUCUCCCUGCUCUUCCUCUUCCUCAUCCUCAGCUUCUGCAGCCUCACCACCCACGCUACUUGGCUUAGACAUGCAGGUGCAGCAGGGCAUGCUGGGAGCUGCGGGCUGCUUGCACAGUCCUCCUCAGGGCAGCCUUGAGCCUACUCCGGCACCCUCCUGCCCACCACUCACUGCCCCACCCAUGACCAACGCCAGUGAUAUGCUGACGACCUUUGACCCUGACCCUGCUGAUGUGGCCCUGUCCAGCGUCCCAUGUCAGGAGGCGUUUGACCCACGCACACAUUGCUUUAGUGAAGAGGAUCUCAAGCCACAGCCUGUGAUCAAAAAGGCCCGUAAGAUGCUUGUCCCUGACAACUUAAAGGAUGACAAAUAUUGGAGUCGGCGCUUGAAGAACAACGAGGCAGCUAAGCGCUCACGGGACGCACGGCGAGUGAAGGAGAACCAGAUCUCGGUGCGCGCUGCCUUUCUGGAGCGGGAGAAUGCUGCACUCCGACAGGAAGUGGCCAACAUGCGCAAGGAGCUUGGCCGCUGCCGCAACAUCCUUAACAAAUACGAGAGCCGCUAUGUCGAGCAGUUAUGAAGAAAGAACAGAAACACGUACACGGAUCACUGAAUGUGUUGAACGGCAGUGGACAUGAGCUGAAACUCAUACGGAGGCACAAAGGAAAAAGAGAAAUGCGUGGACAGAAAGAGGAAUGCAGGGAAAUGGACAAAAAGCUUGUUUAUACUUUCAAGAUAAGAAGUUAAAUAUAGGAAUAAAUGUUUUUCCAUAAAGGAGAGAAAUGUAUAUUUUUUAUAAACAGACACAUUCAGUAUGGCAAGAGGAAUUUUUGAGUAUAUUUGAUGUAAUAUGGCGGCAAUGGGAAGAUUAUUUCAGGGCAGUGUGAGAUUAAGAGAGAGAAUGUAAAAAUAUUCCUGGUAUUUUGAAGCAUAUUUAGCUGGUAUUUUAAAAAGCACUUACAGGGGGCUGGACAGAACUAUGACAGAUGAGAGGGUAAUAUUGGUGUCAACAUUUCUUCAAAUUGGUGGAAUAAUAAUUUCAGACUGUGAAAGCUCAAGUGUGUUUUUAAAUUUGCUAAAAAAAAAAAAGUACUAUAAUUUGGGUUUAUUCAAGCACUUAAUUAGUUAUGUACUUUUUAUGGAUUUGUGAUAAGAGUUCAAGCAGAUAGUUUUUUGGAAGACGUAAUUUCCUGAGUUUUGGCUUCUUUUUUUAUUAGCAGUUCUAACAGGGAAGGGCAACGUUUGACCUUUUACUGAAAUUUGGGAAAUCGGGUUCUUAAGGAGGAAGACAGAAAAAGAAAGCGAGAGAAAAUGGGUCGGCUUGUGAUGCUUAAUACUGACUCUUCUUUUUUUCUUUCUUCACUCUUUGUUCAUUGAUUUGAAUUAUAAAUGUAUUGCGAAAUGAAUCUUCACACAUGUACUCAGUUUCCUUUUUCUUUUAUUACUGAAAUAGACAUCUCCUACUAUCCUUCCUCCUACACAGUUUAACACUAUAACGUCUGCGAUCACCAGAACUAUUGGUGCCACAGUGUUUAAGUCCUUUGCAUACUUGAACCCUCUAUAGAAAUUAUCCUUGCUGUGCAAAGCAAACGCUUGUAUAAUACUGAUACAAAUGACAAGAAUUAUCCUUACCAGAUUGUGUAGAACAUAUUGUCUGUAUUGUAUACAGAUAUUUAGUAUAUUUUCCAAACAGAUUUGCAUUUUGGACUGAUUGUGCUUUUGUAGGUUACUUGCAUUUGUGUGUGUAAAGCUGUUCCAGGAAACAUUAAUUUUACAUGUCCAGAAUUACUGGAAUUUUGGAAUUUCAGAGACGGACUGGGAGCAGCAACAAAUCAUGCCCUUGAGUUUUACUAAUCUUCAUGAGUUCCAGUUUUGAGAAUCUCAACAUAAAUGCAUUGACAUCAUGGCAUGGCGCACUUCACUUGUUAUAGCACCUUGAAUAUUUGUGUUUCUUUUCUGCUUCUAAAUCUCUUUCUUUCUUUCUUUGGAUCACUUAUAAAGUUCUUUGAAUUCUUAUUGUACUAAAUAUUACGUUUCCUUGUAAUAUGAUGAACUUUUGUUUUUCGAAUAGCUUUGCUCUGUAUUUCUAUUCCUGUAAAUGCACAACUCUCCUUAACUGUGCAUGUUUUAGGCCACUUCCUCUUUGAUAGCUCUCACCGGUGCUAACUAGUGCCAGGUGGAUUUGUUUAUCUGAAGAGUGCAUUAUAGACCCUCUGAGACACACACAGUUGUCCGUGGUCACCAGAAACUAUCAAGGAACUGAACCGCACUUUUAUUUCUGUUUAGACAUUCCACUCACUCUUUUUUGGUGAUGUCGGUGUUUGAGCAGUGCAGCGUUUUUGCUCACCUCUAUUUUUGUGUUAAUAGUGACAAUAUGAUUUCCCUGCAGCUUUCCAUCUUGUUUAACAGACUCAUGAAUACAAGAUGAUCAUCCUCAUCAUCCUUGAUUUAUGCAUCCCAGUGACCACUUUGCUCUUAGCCAAAGUAUUUCAAGAAAAUGUCUUUUAAUGGAGAACACAAAUAAAUUCUUAUUCAAAAA